AUGCCAUAUGACAGGGAGAGUGGCCAGGUGUACACUCAGGAGGUGGUUCAAGUUGCGCCGUCGACCCGCAGACGGAGAGGGUUCGCAUGGGUUCACGAAUCUCCAUUACUGCCUGCGGGAUGGGAGGCGUAUAGCCCGGUUGGCGCGCAUUCUCUAAAGCACAUGGCCAUGAGAGCCGUUUUGGCUGAUCAGCGCACCCUGAGUACCGCACACUUUAAAGGUGUCCCGUGGUCGAUUGCAUUGUACCUCUGGGUCUGCAUAUGUCGAAGCAAACGAACAAGCCUGUACUUAUGGAAGAUCCUUGCAACAGCUUACCCUGCAGAAUUUAACCAGAUAUCCCAUCGCUAUUCACUCAAGCCAAGCUCCAAGAAGAUGGCAGUCAGCAAUUACCUGAAGCUUAUAACUUCAGCAUCAGUGAACUGGACAGCCGUUGUAGGCCUAUCAGUCGAGUUUUUCGAGCCUCAUGAGUUCCUUGCAGUCGCCAAGGUCCGCAAUCUAAUUGGCCUGGAAAUCCGCACCCAGCCCAAGCGGACGGAGUUCGGAUAUGAAGCCAGCGUCUCCAUAUCUGAUCGAGUCAUUAAAGGAUGGAGUGAACAGGCGCUUACUGGUCAAGGCUUUGAACACCUCCGGAUUUUAGUCCUCCGUCUCCAAACUAGCUUGACUGAACACAUGUUCGCAUAUCUUAAUGCAUUCCCAGCACUGAAGGCGUUCAUUAUGCAAGGCUGCCCGAGAUUGUACAGUGAAGAGGCAAGAGAAAUGGCAGAACAGCACGGCUGGGAACCCGUUGUCGUCCGUUAUUCAGACCAUAGUCUUUAUAGGACUAUAGUGAAUAUGGGUAGCGAACUAGAAUCCCAAACACAAGACGACCGUCUGACGUGUAUCGACUUGCCAGUCGUGGAUUUUUCUCUUUAUUGCCGCAACCUGAAGUCCCUCCACCCAGAGAAACAGAUACUUUUCAGGAGGACGUACCGGGCUACAGACCAUCUGAGCCUCCAGGAGGAAAAAGCCCAGAAGACCCAGAACGACUCAGAUAUGACCCCUUCUAAGCCUGAUUUGACACAGAACAAGCGAGUAGUAAGGGAGAGCCGUACAAGAGACAUGAAAGGCCUCCUUGACCAAUUUAAGUACGACUCUCCCUAA